CCAACUAUAGCCCCGCUGACCAUUUGGUCUAAUGGGCACGACGGUGAAGCCGCCGCCGCAGCCGGAGCCCGCGUCGGUGGCGGCGGCGAGGAAGCUGCACCUCCUCCUCCGCUCCCGCGACCUGCGCCCGGCGCUCUCCUACCUCGCAACCCUCCCUUCGCCGCUCACACUCCUCCCCAACCACGCCCUCAACGCCCUCCUGCGCGCUCUCGCCGCCGCCGGCCGCGUCCGCGCCGCCACCGACCUCUUCCGCCGCAUCCCGAACCCCACCGCGCACUCCUUCAACUCCCUCAUUGCCGCGCUCCUCGGCCGAGGCCGCCGCCGCGCGGCCAACGCCGUCCUCGCCGCCUUCCUCCGCUCCCCGCUCGCCUCCCCCGACGCCACAACGCUCAACACCCUCCUCCACGGCCUCUCCACCGCCUCCCCUCGCCCCUCGCCUCCCUACCUCCUCCACCUCUUCCGCUUCCUGCCCAGCACCUACGCGUUCGCUCCCGACGCCAUCUCGUACAACUCGCUGCUCUGCGCUCUGUGCCGCGCCGGCGACCUCAUCACCGCGCGCAACCUGUUCGACGGAAUGCGCGUCGGAGGCACAGAUUCUUCCGUAUCUCCUAACGUCGUCACUUACACGACCAUGAUCAGGGCAUACUGCGCGAGGAAGCUAGCCGACGAGGCGCUCGCGGUCUUCGAGAUGAUGGCCACGGACGGUGUGGCGCCCAACAGGAUCACCUACAACACGAUGCUGCAGGGGUUCUGCGAGGCCGGCAGGAUGGAGCUUGUGAAGGGAUUGCUAGAGACGGACUCGUUCAAGCCAGACACAUGCACAUUCAACACACUGAUGGCUGCGCAUUGCAGGGGAGGGCGGAUCAAGGAGGCGAUGGAGGUGUUCGGCCAGAUGGUGGAGCUCCGUGUGAGUCGCGACUCCGCAAGCUAUAGCAUGGUGAUCAGGGCGUUGUGUGAGAACGGGCAGUUUGUGAGGGCUGAGGAGCUUGUGGAUGAGCUUUUGGAGAAGGAGGUGCUCAAGAAGCGAGGGGGUUCUGUACCGCUCAUCGCGGCAUACAACCCGGUUUUCGUCUACUUGUGCGAGAAUGGGAAGGCAAACAAGGCAAGGAUGCUGUUUGGGCAGCUAUUGGAUCGAAGGAGCAAGGUUGACUUUGCUGCAUUCAAGACAUUAAUUCUAGGGCACUGCAAGGAGGGAGAUUUUGAAGAAGGGUACCAGUUGGUGCUGUCAAUGUUGAAGAGGGAUCUUGUGCCUGACGAUGAAUGCUACAUUGCUGUGGUAGAAGGAUUUUCGCAGAAAGGGAGGAUGAAGAUUGCAUGGGAGGCCCUACAUAGGAUGUUGAAUAGUGGUCUCCGGCCUAGCACAAGCACGUUCCACUCAGUUCUCUUGGGGCUUCUGAAAAAAGAAGGCUGUGCAAAAGAAGCUGCGGAUUUGAUUGAUAUAAUGCUGGAGAGGAAAAUCCGCCAGAAUUUGGAUCUUUCAACCAAUCUGAUUGAUGCAUUGUUCAAAAGCAACCUAAACGACCGUGCUUACAAAAUCAUUACAUCUCUAUAUGACCAUGGCUAUUACAUCAAGAUGGAAAAUUUAAUCGGGGGCCUUUGCGAGGAAAAGAAGUUCACAGAGGCAGCGGAACUUACUUUGUUUAGCUUCCACAAGCAGGAAGACUUGGGUCUGUCGAUAUGCAGUAUGGUUCUUGAUGGUCUUUGCACAACUGGUAGAGCAUCAGAUGCAUUCCGGCUUUUCUAUGAACUCAUUGAGUGCGGAAGCAGUUCUGCUGCUGCUGAACCUCGCAGUUUGGUUGCACUUCAUCAUGCACUUGAGGAAGACGGAAAAAUGAAAGAAGCUGAUUUUGUUGCUAAACAGAUGAGGCGUGCAGCUGCCAGAAUUAGGCAAAUGGUCUGAGAAUUAACAUUUUCAAGGAAGCAAUUCACACUCUAUACUGAUCUGUACACACUUGGUUUACAGUAGGGAUUGUGGCCUUGAACAGAAAGCAGGAUACAGAAGUUGGACUCUGGUUUACAAGGCAUGGUGGCUUGAUCAGCUGCCCAAUGGUAAUGGAUCAUUGAGGAAUGUUAGAUUUUAUACGAAUGCAGAUGGUGGAUCAAAUCAAUCUAGACCAUCCUUAGAAUGGUUUGUUUUGGCCAUUGGAUGGUCAGACCUUGAGACAGAAAGAACCCUAUGCGACACUAUAAGGUUUUCAGGAUCUGGUAUAUUUCUUUCGCAAGGACUGUCUGGUCAAUAUUUCUUUUGGAUGAAUGAAGUGUGUUAAAAACGAGACAGCAGGUCUUCUCCAGAGAAUUUGAAGAGCAAAAAAUCUAGAGAUCAAUGUGCGCGUCCACGUUAUAAUCAUCCCAACAAAAGGUCCAUGAGCUAUGGUGAAUUGAUGAUCAGAUCGUAGAGGUACAGGAGGAACAAGGGGAAGGCAUUGUGCUUGGAUGAGAGGGCACUAGCACUGACUAUGAAGUAUGAACAGCUACUGGGCAGAGUGUUCAGUAUUCUUUGCAGAAACAAUCCAGGUCUUGCUGGGAGGACGCACAUGACAAUCAUGACCCUUCGUAAUGUUCUUAGGCAUUGCACAAAGAAGACAUUAUUCGUGAAUUUCAUGGACUCGUGUCAAAAGAUGCGUAUGCAACCUAAACAUGUGAUGGACUUCUUGCUUUCUGAACUGGCAACUGGUGGAUCACUUGAUGGGCAGCAGAAGUUGGUGGUCAUCAAAGGAAGAUUUGCUCCAGAAACUUUGAACGCCUAAGGAGAAACAUCUGUAAAGUAUUUUAUCUGAAAAUCUUUGCAGCGUUUUCUCCUUAAUUCUCCUAAUAUUUUGCUUACCUUGUUUGUUGCCAACGGCCAGGCCACUUAAUUUUCUAUUUGCUUUUUUGUCAAACCAUAACAACCAGUAUCGACUUUGCAUGUGUGAAAAGUUAGCUUGGUUGCUACAUUAGUAUAUCUAGGAGUUGGGAGUAACUAGCUUAUGAUUCG